AACAGUCAAACAGGCAGUUUUCGACCAUUCCAGCUUGAUGCUACAUCGUGGUUUAUUGUCAUUUGUUGUGGUGCCGUAAUUUGUAAAUAAGACUUGUGGAAACAAUUUUAUUGAAUCAAAAAUAUAUCGGAGUGGACAAUGUCCAGUAAAGUUCAUGAAAAUGAUCUGUACGGUACUAAUUUUUCUAUCGAAUCAAUCAAAGUUAUAGCAGAAAGCAUAGGAAUUGCUAGUCUUCAAGAUGAAGCGGCAAAAGAAAUGACUGACGAAAUAUCUUUUCGUUUGAAACAUUUAAUUCAAGAUGCAGCUAAGUUUAUGCACCAUGGAAAGAGGGUUAAACUGAUGCCUAGUGAUAUUGAAUGUGCUCUGCGCUCUAAAAACUUGGAGCCUCAAUUCGGUUUCCGAAAUCCUGAGUAUACACCAUUUAGAUUUGCUUCUGGAGGUGGACGAGAAUUGCAUUUCUUGGAAGAAACUGAGGUUGAUUUGAACGACUUAAUUACCAACUCAACCCCAAAAGCUCCAUAUGAUGUUACGCUGAGAACCCAUUGGUUAAGUAUUGAUGGCAUACAGCCUACUAUACCAGAAAAUCCUCCACCAGCUACUAAGAGCAUGCAAAAGUUGGAGUCUGUGGACCCUAUAAACAAAAAACCGCUGAAGGAAACCUCAGGUAAACCUACUACAGGUAAACAGAAGUUGAAGAACGUAGAAACAGUACAAAUAAAACAAUUAGCAACUCACGAGCUAUCUGUUGAGCAACAAUUAUAUUAUAAAGAAAUAACAGAGGCUUGUGUUGGAUCUGAUGAAGCCAGGAGAGCUGAAGCACUACAGAGUUUAGCAUCGGAUCCUGGUUUGCAUGAAAUGUUACCAAGAAUGUGCACCUUCAUUAUCGAAGGUGUCAGAGUCAAUGUAGUCCAGAAUAAUUUAGCACUUCUUAUAUAUCUCAUGAGAAUGGUUAAGGCAUUAUUAGAUAAUCAGUCACUGUUUUUAGAAAAAUAUCUUCAUGAACUAAUACCUGCAGUUACAACUUGUAUAGUCUCAAAACAACUGUGUGUUAGGCUUGAAUAUGAUAACCAUUGGGCACUGAGGGACUUUGCGUCAAGGUUAAUGGCUCAGAUCUGUAAAAAUUUUAACACUAGUACCAAUAAUAUCCAAACAAGGAUAACUAGAAUGUUUACUAACGCUCUGAACCAGGGCGAUAAAAUGCCAUUGUCUUCCUUAUAUGGGGCCUUACAGGCACUAUCAGAAUUAGGCCCAGAAGUUGUUAGAAUAUUCAUUCUUCCCAGAGUGAAAAUGAUAGCUGCUAGGUUAGAACAGUACUCAGAGGGUACAAUGGCUGCCAAUGUUGAUAAAUUGGAUGCAGGUCACAUAAAAACACUCAUUGUUAAAGCAUUGGUGCCAGUGUUAAAGAGUAUUAGAUCACCACCUGAUUUGAUCGAAGAGUAUAAACAAGAUUAUGGUUAUUUAGGACCACUUCUACACAGUGGUGUAUCAAAAGGUAGAAGUCAGCCUAAUACUUCAACUGUAACAUGUAGUUCAGUUACAAAUUCAUCAAGUGCCAUAACCUCAAUUGCCAACACCGUGUCCAGGCCCAUUUCUGCCGCAACAGGUACCAUAAUACAGCAGAAUGUUGGGAACAGGGUGAUGAGCCCUGCAGUUGGACGGGUAUCCAAUCCUGGUAAUAACCAAAAGAUAGUCUUCGUCACACAAAGGUCUCAAGGUCAGAGUCAGGUCCAGAACCAGCAGUCGCCUGCUUCUCAAAACACACAAGUAAUCAAGCUGGUAUCUGGUAGCAACACACAAGUUCAACAGAAGAUCGUCAACUCCCAACAGAAGAUGGUACUGGUGGGGAUGCAAAAUAGUGGGAAUGUCAAUGUCAGUCAAGGGGGUAUGCUUGGUCAGGGGUCGCAACAAAACAUGUCAUUUAUGAUGCAAAAAAAUAAUAUCCACAAGAUGAAUGAUAGUUUUUCUCAUUUGGAUGAUUUGUCCCAUUUGGAAUAGGAUUUCUGCAUGUUUGGGAAAAGAAAUUGAAUAACAGAAAAAUCCUUGAUCUGAAACCAAAAUCAGUCAAUAAUCUCAGAAAAAAAUAUGCACAUGGUCAGACAUUUCCUGAAAUAUGUUACUGGUCAUUAUUACAUGGCCAUUGCAUAAUAGACUUAUGAUUUCUUGAUUUUUCCUGCCUUCCGCAGUUCUGUGAAUUUUAUUUUCUGAAUCAGGCCAGGAGCAGAACAAAAUGUCUUGAAGCAAAGGAAUAAUGGAUAAAUGUGGCACUAUUGAUGAAUUUACUAGAGGUUUUCCAUUUUAAUAGGCAAAAUCACCUUCGAAGAAUGGAGCAGUGAAAUAUUAAUUAUUUUUACUAAUAUGUGCUUCUAAAAUUUCUGGUGAGGAUAGAGAGUAAUCUUGGUUCACCUCCAAGAAUAAUUGACUUAUUUUAUACGUAGUGGUAGGUUAAAUUGAAAUUGUACAAAAAAGUUUAUCAUGAAAACUGUAUAAAAAGAUAAAAGAAACAUGUAAAUAUUGCGACUGAAUUUUGUAUAUACAUAUAUAUUGAGUUGUCUGGAAGAAUUUUUGUAAUUAUGAAAAGACAAAAACAGAACAAUCAAAUAUAUUUUAAUUCUUUUU